GAUCAGAUCUUUUUCUGUCUCGCACACGCCGUUGGAUGUUACAAUCCCUGCGCGGAGUGCGGAGGCAGGCGGCGGCGAUCCCUGCGCGCGAGGGAAGAGCGUUUCAACAUGGCGAUGCUACUUCUCCGAAGAAGAAAGGCCAUUUUUCAAGCUUCCAGCUGUCUACAUGUUUUAGUUGGAUUUGCGUCAUAUGGUUCUCAAAGAACUAUCAACGUGGGACAGCCAACAUCACUAUCUCACCCUGAGUUACUAGGUGAAGAUGAAAUCACACCAGGGAUUGCAACCAAUGAGUAUAUUUCAAGAAGAAAAAAACUUGUGGAGUUGCUUCCAGAAAAGAGCUUGGCUAUAAUUGCCUCUGCUCCUGUGAAAAUGAUGACGGAUGUGGUGCCAUAUCCAUUUAGACAAGAUGCUGAUUACCUUUAUAUUACAGGCUGCUUGCAACCUGGUGGCAUCGCAGUGUUAGGUGAAGAAUGUGGCCUAUGUAUGUUUAUGCCUGAUCCAGAUCCAGAUGAUGCUGCUUGGCAAGGUCCUGUUUCUGGAGUGGAAGCCGCCUUUGAAUUUUUUAAGGCUGAUAAAGCAUUUCCAAUGAGUCAGAUGCACAAGAUUCUUCCUCAAAUGAUGGGACGUGCAUCAAGAUUGUUCCAUAACGUGAAGACAGCAUCCCCAUCUUAUAUGCAUCUGGAGCCCUUCCAUAGAGCAACUUCAGAAAACAAAGUUAAAGAUCUUUCAAUUUAUACUCAUGAAAUACGAUGGAUAAAGUCUUCAUCCGAGCUCAAGUUGAUGAGGGCAUCAGCCUCGAUUGCAUGCCAGUCAUUAUUGCAAACUAUGUUGCUUUCAAGAGUAUUUCCAGAAGAGAGCAAGUUGUCAGCCAAAGUUGAAUAUGAGUGCAAGAUAAGAGGUGCCCAAAGAAUGGCGUUCCAUCCUGUAGUAGGUGGUGGUGCAAAUGGAAGCAUUAUACACUACUCACGAAAUGACCAAAAAAUUAGAGCUGGGGAUUUUGUACUAAUGGAUAUUGGUUGUGAAUUACAUGGUUACUUAAGUGACUUAACUCGCACCUGGCCUACUUGUGGUAGCUUUAAUUCUGCUCAGGAAACAUUGUAUAGUCUUAUUUUGGAGACGAACAAAGAAUGUGUGAAGCUAUGCAAACCAGGUGUCAGUCUUCAACAAAUCCAUAACCAUUCGGUAAACAUGCUCAGAAGAGGACUCAAGGAAAUUGGGAUUCUGAAUGAUGAAGCAAGUUACACAUACCAUCAACUUAAUCCAACCUCAAUAGGUCAUUAUCUCGGGAUGGAUGUCCAUGACUGUACUUUGAUUAACAUCGAUCGGCCUUUGCAACCGGGUGUUGUAAUUACGAUUGAACCAGGAGUGUACAUUCCUUCAUCAUAUGAUGCACCAAAAAGCUAUCGGGGCAUUGGAAUAAGGAUUGAAGAUGAAGUCCUGAUUACCGAAACUGGGCAUGAGGUGCUGACUGCAUCAAUGCCCAAAGAGAUUCAGCAUAUCAAGUCUUUGCUAAACUUCAGUCGCGGAGAAGGAUCAGAGGCCUCUGAUUUGAGAACAGCUUGUACAUGGGCAUAACAAUACUUUUUAUCGUAGAAGAUUAGCAUUUUUUCCAACGCGAGUCGUUCAAAAUUGAAUAUAUUUCAUCAUCAGCAAUUUUGUCAGAAGAAAGCUUGUGUUAUUUGUUUGCUCUGAAACGAUAGAGGCAAUCAGAGUGCCAUAUCAGUCGCGCUAAGUUUGUUCCCGAAAUCUUUACAGUUUAGUGAUUGGAGUUAUUUAUUUUGAGAUCACCUGCUGAACAAAUGUUGUAAAAUGAUUUCUUAUUCCCCUAGUUAUUGUUUCAUAUUUAUGAAAUCCAGAAUUUUGAUUGAACUAA